CCAUACCGGAAGCAGGAAGCGGGCGGGCCGGCCGUGACCCGCGGGCGGGCAGCGCCGGCCGCGCCAUGACGGGAAAAUCGGUGCGGGACGUGGAGCGCUACCAGGCGGUGCUGGCCGGGCUGCUGGCCGAGGACGAGAACAAGUUCUGCGCCGACUGCCAGGCCAAAGGGCCACGAUGGGCGUCCUGGAACAUCGGGGUGUUCAUCUGCAUCCGCUGUGCGGGGAUCCACAGGAACCUGGGCGUUCACAUCUCCAGGGUCAAAUCCGUCAACCUGGACCAGUGGACGCAGGAGCAGAUCCAGUGCGUGCAGGAGAUGGGGAAUGGCAAAGCCAAUCGUCUCUACGAAGCCUACCUGCCCGAGAACUUCCGGAGGCCCCAGACAGACCAAGCUGUGGAAAGUUUUAUCCGGGAUAAAUACGAGAAGAAAAAAUUCAUGGACAGAAGCAUCGACAUCAACGCAUUCAGGAAAGAAAAAGACGACAAAUGGAAAAGGAGCAAUGAGCAGGAAAGAAAACUGGAACCCAUCAUUUUUGAGAAGGUGAAAAUGCCUCAAAAAAAAGACGAAACUCAACAAUCCAGGAAAAGCUCCCCAAAAUCUGAGCCAGUCAUGGAUUUGCUGGGCCUGGACGCCCCGGUGACAACGCCGGUCCCCAACGGGCGGCCCAGCAGCCUGGAGAGGGACCUGGACCUGUUCGGAUCCCUGGGAGCCACCUCGGACUCCAGGAGGGUCGUUGGCUCCAUGCCCACCUCCGGCAGCGCCGGCUCCGUUCCCGAAAACCUGAACCUGUUCCCGGAGCCCGGGGGCAAAGGGGAGGAGGUGGGGAAGAAGCAGCUCUCCAAAGACUCCAUCCUGUCCCUCUACGGCUCCCAGGCGUCCCAGGGGCCAGCACAAGGAGCGAUGUUCAUGGCGCCGGCUCCGCUGGGCUACCCCGCCGGCCCCUUCCCCACCUUCCCCCCUUCCAGCAGCAUCAUGGGGGGCAUGGUGGCCCCCUCGGUGGGGAUGCUGGCCCAGCCCGGAGCCCCCGGCAUGGUGGCCCCGGUGGCCCUCCCGGGCUACGUGGGCGGCGUGCUGGGCGUUCCCAACGGGAUGAUGGGCUCGCAGCAGCCCGGAUACGUGGCCGGGGUGGCCGCGGUGCCCCCGGCCGUGUACGGGGUCCAGCCGGCGCAGCAGCUCCAGUGGAACCUGGCCCAGGUCACCCAGCAGAUGGCUGGGAUGAAUUUCUAUGGAUCCAACGGGAUGCUGGGCUAUGGACAGUCCAUGGGAGGAGGAGGAGGAGGAGGAGGAGGAGGAGGAGCAGCCCAGGGCAGCAACCCCUCCCUCAGCUCCCCGCUCUGGAAAUGAGCCCUGGCCCGCCGUGACCAUUUCUGCCUUCGUUCCGUCCUCCAGACCCGCUCCAUGAGACAUUCUGGGGUUCAUUUUUUGCUUUCGGGUUUGGCCCCAGCUGAAUUUUGGGGUUUUUUUGUCCAUCUCUGCCUUCUCCCCCUGUCACAGCCACGGGGACGGGCGGGUGGCCCCGUCCUCAGCACAGUCAAUGCACAAAACUCCCCCAGAGCUCCUGGGUGGGCACCUGGGCACAGGUGGGACUGGGAAUUCCGGCCUCAAUCCCGCCAGGAAAGCUGGGAUUUCUCACUUCAGUGUUAAAUUUAUUUUUUUGGGGUGGGGGAACCUCGUUUGGUGCUGAGGAAUUGGAUUUGAGCCGAGCCCAGGGGCAAGCAAGCCUUGCUACCUCCUCCCUGGAGCGGAGCUCUCCCUGCUCCCAGCCCUCCUUGGAACCAAAGUCCUUGGGAAAAGCCCUGUCCCACCCCCUGAGCAAGCAGGAAUCUCGCCCGGAGCGGGGGCAAAGCCGGUGGAAUGUGAAAAACUUGCACUGCAGAGGGAAUUUUCUGCCUGGUGUCGGGAUUUGAUGGGAUUUCACUUUUAACAAUCUAACCAGAGUUAAUUCUCCGGGGCCCGGAGAGCCCUGUGCAAGUUUUCUUACACUUUUAAAAAAUGACUCUGAUGUCCUAAUUUAUACUUUUUUUUUUUUGGUGUGGUUUUUUUUUUUUUGUUCUGUUUUGUUUCGUUCUCGUUGUCGUCGUUCCUGUGUAAAAUCCUGGUCCCCCCUUUUUCCUGGCUCGCUUGGGACAUUUUAAUCUUAAGCAGAUUUCUUUUCUCAUCUCCAGUAGAACCCAAAACUGCUUCAAAAGUCAAGCAAGAAGUCGGACUUGUGGUCUGCCUCUCUCCUGUGGAUAUGUAAAUUCCCAAAUAAAACAUUGCAGUGGA